AAAUACUGCAUUGGAUUUGCGAUUUGACAGAAACGGAGUCGUGAUCAUCAGGUCCAGCCGUGGGUGGACAGCCUUUACAUAUAUCUUCCCUUUAGCUGAAAUUAUUGCCGUGCCAGUUUGCUGAGUGGCUACAUGGACGACCAGUAUUCGCUGUCUUGGGGGUAACGUUUGUCGUUUCGUUCUCGACGUGUGCUUGUGAAGAAAAACGACUCAGAUACUGGGGACAUCCCCUGCUUGUUUCGCCGAACAAGAGACGGAACGUCGUUUACCCAGGCUAAGCUAGCUGCUAGCGGCACGGCGUAACGGGUGGGGGUGGAUUCCUACGUCUCGGCCCUCUGAAAACAAAUAUAUAACGUCUCAGGAGUAUGUUGUGGGACAAUGACAAGCACGGGAAGCGGAGCUAAAGGAGGGGAGCUUCUCGGAGAGGAAGACAUUUCAGUGGAUGAGUAUCGGUUGAACGGCCAAUAGAGAGGUGUUAAGUAAGCUAAAUGGGGCUACUCGGUUAGCUAAACUGAUCAAGGAAGUUGACUAGCCACCUUGCUUACUCGGCGACAAAUGUAUUAUUGGAUCAAGGGUCGCCUCAAACGUCCGAGUUAUUAAUAGAGACGGAGAUUCACACAGCAGGUAGUUCAUGCCAGUUUUAGAAAGAUGAAGUUUAGAAAGUCACGAAUUGCCGUGGAUUUUGAGCCAAACGCUAGCUAGUUGGUUUACCAUAAGCUGGAAAGUCGGAGCUUGUUGUAAACAAAGGUUUCCGAGCUCCACCGGUCCUCAGCAACGCUACGUUACACCUCGGGCUGUCUUUAACCCAUUGUUUCACGGAGGUCUUUGCCUUUUUAUUUAACAGCGAAAGUGACUCUGAAAAAUGGAUUUAAAGACCGCAGUCUUUAACGCUGCCAGGGACGGUAAGCUCCGUCUCCUACAGAAACUAUUGGAGAACAAAGAUGGACACGAGGUGACCAAGUUGAUGGCAGAGAAGACAAACGGGGCCACCCCGCUCCUGAUGGCCUCUCGGUACGGCCACCUGGACCUGGUAGAGUAUCUGCUGGAGUGCUGCAGCGCUCCCGUUGAGGUCGGUGGGUCAGUUAAUUUUGAUGGGGAGACCAUCGAGGGGGCUCCCCCUCUUUGGGCCGCCUCGGCGGCGGGUCAUCUGAAGGUAGUCCAGUCCCUGCUGGGACACGGCGCUUCUGUCAACAGCACGACCCUGACCAACUCAACACCUCUGAGGGCAGCCUGCUUUGACGGUCAUUUGGACAUUGUGAAAUACCUGGUGGAGCACAAAGCUGACCUGGAGGUGGCCAACAGACACGGUCACACGUGUCUCAUGAUUUCCUGCUACAAGGGACACAAGGAUAUCGCGCAGUACCUGCUGGAGAAAGGUGCAGAUGUCAACAGGAAAAGUGUAAAAGGAAACACAGCACUUCAUGACUGCGCAGAGUCAGGCAGUUUGGAGAUCAUGCGGAUGUUACUGCAGUAUGGAGCAACCAUGGAGCAGGACGGCUAUGGCAUGACGCCGCUGCUCUCAGCCAGCGUCACAGGCCACACUAACAUUGUAGAUGAACUGACAACGCACCAGCAGACAAGCCACAUGGAACGCAUUGAUGCCCUUGAGCUGUUGGGAGCCACGUUUGUUGACAAGAAGAGAGAUCUGCUCGGAGCUUUAAAAUACUGGAAGAGAGCCAUGGACCUCAGGUACAUGGACAGUAAUAAUAUUGUCCAUAAACCAGAGCCCAAGCAGCUGAUCAUGGCAUAUGACUACGCCAGGGAGGUAACAAACAGAGAAGAGCUGGACGGGCUGAUAUCUGACCCGGAUGAGAUGCGCAUGCAGGCGCUACUUAUCCGUGAGAGAAUCCUUGGCCCACAGCAUCCAGACACGUCUUACUACAUCCGUUACCGAGGUGCCGUCUAUGCAGACUCUGGCAACUUUGAGCGCUGUAUCAAUCUAUGGAAGUAUGCCUUGGACAUGCAGCAGAGCAACCUUGACCCCCUCAGCCCCAUGACUGCCUCCAGUCUGCUGUCGUUUGCCGAGCUCUUCUCCUUCAUGCUGCAAGACAGGGCUAAGGGGCUCUUGGGGACGUCGGUGUCAUUUGAGGACUUGAUGGGGAUCCUUUCCAAGAGUGUUUUGGAGAUUGAGCGGGCAGUUAAACAAAGCGGACCUAUGCCACCAGACCCUGCCCAGCUCAGCAAAGCACUGUCAAUCAUCCUGCACCUCAUUUGUCUUUUAGAGAAGGUGGCAUGUACUGCAGAGCAGGACCACUUCAAGAAGGAAACUAUCUAUAGAUUCCUGAAGCUCCAGCCAUGUGGUAAGAAUGGCUACAGUCCACUGCACUUGGCAGUUGACCGAAACACUACCUGUGUGGGCCGCUAUCCUGUCUGCAAGUUCCCCUCUCUCACAGUGGCUUCCAUCCUUCUUGAGUGUGGGGCAGAUGUUAACAGCCGCGAUGAAGAUGACAACAGCCCUCUUCACAUUGCCGCAUCCAAUGGUCACCCAGACAUCAUGAACCUGCUGAUAUCAUGCGGGACUCACUUUGACAGCACCAACGCCUUCCAACAAACGGCCUGCGACCUCCUGGACGAGAAGGAACUGUCCAGGAAUGUCAUCCAGCCCAUAAACCACACCACCCUGCAGUGCCUAGCCGCCAGGGCCAUCAUCAAGCACAGCCUCGACUACCGGGGAAACAUCCCUGAGAAACUAGAGGCCUUCGUCUUGCUCCACAGAUAAUGAUUGUGAAGGAGUGGAGGCGGGUGGAUGGAUGGAUGGAUGGAUGAAAAGAGGAGAGUGUGUGCGAUGCCAUCGACAGACAUGGACAGACUGAGGAGCACUAUAGUUCAACACGUGACCCACAAGUUGCUUGAGGCAGCUGAAAGACACGAUUUUGUGGGUUAGUGUUACAAAUCCAAACUAUCAGAAGUGUAUGAAAUUGAAGAUUCGUGUGAACAAAAAAAAUGUCCUUGUUCAACCAGGAUAAACUAAAAAUGAGUGGAUCGGAUGAAGGUAUGAGUCAACAUUUUCUUCCUCUGUUUGCCCUAUCAUGGAGCCACAGCUCUGACUGGUCACAGCCCGAUCUGUGGGGAUGUAUUAGGAGUGAACUGCAACAUGGACAAACACGGUUGAAUCUCUGGAGGAACUGAGCAAGGGGUUUACGUAUUUUUGCUUUAGAAAAAAAUUUUUUUUUUUUUUUUUUGCAUAUUCCACUAUGCUAUUUAUUGAAUGAAACUUGAGAGAUUUUUCUCCAUGCUGGCUCCAACCCCGUCUCAACUUUGCCUGCUUCUCUCUUCUCAAAGCACGGAUUGAGGCAUUUCUACAUAUGCUGGGACUUCAGGUUAUUUUUUGUUCGUCCCAUCACUGUUGCCAACAGCCAUGGACCCUUUCUCAGUCACCACUAGGUCCUUUUUUCUUUUUUUUCUUUUUUUUUUUGUUUUGUACUUUUACAAUACAUUUCAUUCUUGCCAUGCAUCAUUUGUCGUUCCCACUUUAGUGUGUAACAAAGCUUUACGAGAAGGGUUUAAUGUCUGCAAACACCAUAAGUGCUUUAUUCUUCCUAUGCACAGGCUAUGCUGUUGGAAAGAGAGACUGUUGUAUUCUGUGCCGGCACUUGUCUGUGCAAUAUCUCUCAUGAGUUUUUGUGUUUACCUCAUUGCUGCCGUUUCCUUCAGUGUAUCCCCUCACUUCACUCAAAGAAGGAGGAGGAGGGGGGGUGCAAAAACCAUUGUACUGAUUGUUGUAAGAAAAUUGAAUGAAUUUGAGUGCUUGUGUAUGUUUGUAUGUGUGAAAGAAUGAGUGCCACACAGUGCGUUUCUUGUAUGCAGAGUGGAUUUUAUUUUUUUCUUUUUUGAGCUUAUACAAAUUGAGGACAAGAGUUUGGUGAAGUGGCACUCAUGGAGAUUCCAAAAUGCACAUGACUGCCACUGGACACCACAGCGGCCAAACUGUCUCCAGCCGCUGGAGUGCACAGGCUUAUACACAGAAGUGACCUCUUAACGUUCAUACACGGCCGACCUUUAAAUGCCGUCGUUCUUCUAAUGAUCAUGAUCAAAAAGCAAAAUCUGUGUAGGUUUCCAACAUUGGCCCACCGUGCAUGUGCAGCAGCAGCAGCAUUUAACCAGUCACUGCAGAAAACCUUUCUUGUGAACUCAUAGACUCCACUACGGCGAGGGUAGCUCUGCUCAUUUUGUACAACUGUCGUCCAAUUGUAUGAGAACUGAUGACGCAGAUGAGUAGGAGGACGCUGCGACGAACAGAAUAGUAAAGCUUAAGAAUUAUCUUGUUUGCACAUUAGCUUUAGACGUGUGGAUUGGAAAAAAGGGCUUUUCAUAAUUCGUAGGAUUUCAUAUUGCAGUCUAUUAAACCUAACAGUUCAAAACCAGACAUAGAAAAUGUAUGAGGACUCCCAGGGCAACUUGAUUUGAAUCUGCACUUUACUACAGCGGAGAUUAAGAUUUGAUAUGGCAUUAAUCAGAUUCAUGUCUUAACAACUAGUUUGACAAUAAACCCAUGUUGCACAUA